AUGGGCUCCUGGGAUGCUUAUGUCAAUGUCUUUAAGGGUGAUGGAAGUACUAUGUUGAAGUGUGGAAUAUAUGAUCAGGAAGGAAAUCCAUGGGCUUUGUCACCAGGAAUGUCUGCAAGUCCAGCCCAAGUAAAACGACUUGCCUCACACUAUGAAGAAAGCUCAGAUUUUUAUAUAAAUGGGCCAGAGUUUGAGAAUUCCAAGUUCGCCUUUCUCAAAAAAGUAGAAGAUGGUGGAAAUCCAGUCCUGGUCUUUAAACGGAAGGAUGCUGAAUCAGAGGAAGAUAAGCAUCUAUUGGUAGCAAUGAAUACAGUGAAAGCUUGCUUAGUUGGAAUAGCAAAGGGAGGAGAAAAACACAAAAGCGUAGCAAUAAACUUAAUUAGGCAUGUCAACGAAUCAAUGAGAAAAUAUGAUUAUUGA